AGUCCCUCCCAUCGGUGUGCGUCGGAGCUGAGGUGAAUCCACCAGUCAAACCGACACGGACUGACGCUAGCUAGCUACGGCAGCGCCAUGGAUGGACCUGAAGAGAAAGAUUCCUGUUCCACUGCGACACCUGCGGUCAGCACGCGUUCAAAGAAAAACAAAAAGCAGCGAGUGGAUAACGUUAACACUAAACCAACGCUGUCAACAGAGAAACGUGAUGAUACUUCUUCUGGCCUUGCCCCUACUGCAACUGUGCUUCUUAAUAAGGAGAGACAGGAAGUUGCUUUUCUUAAGGAGAAGCUGGAGUGGCAAAAGAUGAGACUUGAAGAACUGGAAGGAGAGAGGGAUUUCCUCCGAAGUCAGCUAUCAUCUCUGUCAACGCAACCUAAAGACGAACCAUUAAAUGAUACGUUUAUCAACAAUCCUUCUGAAAACUUGGAUUCAUCUUCCACAUCUUCAUCUGCAUCAUCUGAGUGGUCAUCCUCAUCCUCAUCUUCACCCCCAAAGAAGCAAAAGCGCAAAUUCAAAAACAAGCAUUCAAAAGCCAAGAAAUACAAGAAGGAGGAAAAGAAGUUCCGGCAGCGUGUCCGAACACCAAGUGAGAUUGUGCAGAGAUACAAGUCCCUCCUCAAGACAUUUCCAAAGAUGAAGACCUUGUCCAAAGCUUUUCAGAAGCAUGGGAUUGACAGAAACACAGUUGUGUCCACGGCAUCAGUUGCUGAGCUCGCUAUCGCAGCUCCUCUUGUUUACCAGGAGCUGAUCUCCAACAAGCCCAGUGGAGAGACGGUACUCCAUUUUGCUAAGCGAUGUGAGGAAGAGAUUCAAAGCAAUGAUGAAGUGAAAAACAAAAUAGAAAGCAUGAAGGCUGAUGGAUCUUUGCUUCCAAUUCGAAGAGGCAAGUCUGUCUGAAAGCCUACUCAGUUAUCUGACUUGUUCUGUUUCAGCAUAUUUAGCUAUAGAACAAAUGUGUGUGAAACUGGUAAUUUUUUAACGAUCUGUUCAGUUAUGUGUUCAGUUUCCACACAACAAAGAUUUUUCUUGUCAUUUUUGUUUAGAAGGUUUUGUGUGUCCUAAGUGUAACCAAAACAACUGCACAUGUUAAGAUAGAGUAUUGUCUAAUGUUAUAAGGCAGCUUGUUAUACUUUUCAUAGUAAGGCCCCUAGUCUUCAAAAAGUUUACUGGUUAUAAAUAAAUGUUAACUAGUUUCAUACUAAAAAAGUUUCAUUUUACAUUUAAAAAUGUUUAAGAGUCAUUAAUAAACACUGAUAUGUUUUAUACUUUACAAUAAGGCUCCCUUUUGUAAUUAUAAAUGUUUAUUAACUAUUAAUAAAUAAAGACAUAUUUUACACUUUACAAUAAGGCUCCAGUUUGUAUUUAUAAAUGUUUAUUAAUCAUUAAUAAAUAAAGACAUGUUUUAUACUUUACAAUAAGGCUCCCUUUUGUAAUUAUAAAUGUUUAUUAACUAUUAAUAAAUAAAGACAUAUUUUACACUUUACAAUAAGGCUCCAGUUUGUAUUUAUAAAUGUUUAUUAAUCAUUAAUAAAUAAAGACAUGUUUUACACUUUACAAUAAGGCUCCAGUUUGUAUUUAUAAAUGUUUAUUAAUCAUUAAUAAAUAAAGACAUGUUUUACACUUUACAAUAAGGCUCCAGUUUGUAUUUAUAAAUGUUUAUUAACUAUUAAUGAAUAAAGACAUAUUUUACACUUUACAAUA